AUGAGUUCAUUACUUAAUUUUUUUAAACAGCCUAAUGACAUAGCUAUAUUUCUUAAUCAACCAUUUCUUCAAUAUGAAAAUAUUUUUGAAGAUUUUACAAUUCACAAACCAGUAAUUGAGAAGAUCACUGAAAGGGAUAUCCUUAGUAUUCCUGACCCAACACCAACUCAACUCUCAAUUAUUCCUGUACCAGAAAUUAUUUAUUAUCAUAUUGUAACAGCUAUUUCAACAUUUCCAUUAUUAAAUGAAAUUCUUCUUAGUAUUGUUCCACAACAAAUGAAUGAAAUGGUAUUUUGGUAUAAAUAUUUUAGUUUUUUAUUUAAGUCAGAAAACCAAAAUUCACUUCUUGAUGAUUUAGCACAAGAACGAAAUGGAAUUUAUUUAACAUUAACAAGUGAAACAACUAAAGAAAUUUAUUUGUCUUAUAUGAAAAAUUGUUUUAUUGGACAACGAGGGAUGUUAUUAAUGAAAUAUAUUCAAAUUAUUAAUCAAACAACAAAUGGAAUGUUAGACAAAACGUUUUAUAAAUUCACAGAGAGAUUAGAAGGUUUACCAAAAAAUCAAAGUGAAAUUAAAUUUAGAUAUGAAUUUCUUAUAACAAUAUUUGGAGAAAUAUUUAGACGAUGUAAAUGUUUAUAUAUUCCAUAUGUUGGUAAUUUGGUAUUAGAAGCUGUUCAAUUAUUUGAUAUUAAUGAUGCAUUUUAUUGUGUUAUGGAAUUUGUCAUUAAAGCACAAUGCUGUGGACAUUUUUAUUCAUCACAAUAUGGACUAGAAAAUUUAGUUGAAUAUAUUUAUUGUAUAUUAAAAACAACAUACCCAGCAUUAGAUAACAGUUUGUUUUUUUUUUUAUAUUUUUUUAAUUCACUUUAA